ACUUGCAAAUGCCGGUAAAAAAUGAAUUCUCAGUUACUUACAAACAGCCAUAGAUUGCCAACUUCGACAAUAUUCUCUCUUGCAAGAACAAGCGUCAGCCAUACCAGGAUCCUGGAUUGUUGUUGUAUUCAAGAGAAGCAAGACCUCAAAGGCCAAACUGUUGCAGUUGUAGGGCUGGGAGUAUCUGGAAGAGCCGCUGCAAGGCUUGCUCUUGCUAGAGGUGCUUCAGUCCUAGCCAUUGACAGGAAUGAGAAUUUGGCUCCUUUGGAACAUGAUCCUCUAUUUGAGAAACAGAAUGACUUGAGAACCAUUCUUGGCUAUUGUGAUAGAGAGCUCCUAGAGGAUGUUAACAGAGUGGUAGUUUCCCCUGGGGUUCCCCUUGAAAACUAUGGUAUUUCCUCGUUAUUGCAAUCGGGAAGAUGGGUAAUGUCUGAACUGGAUUUUGCAGCAGAAGCACUUCCCCGUAGCAUCAAGGUUUUAGCAGUGACAGGGACCAAUGGAAAAUCAACUGUCACUACUUUUGCUGGACAGAUGCUUUCUCAUUUGGGUGUCAAGGCAUUUGUUGGAGGAAACCUUGGAAACCCGCUUUCAGAGGCUGCUAUUCAAUGCUUAACAUCAUCCUCUAUGGAUCCUAAGUUUCAGGUUGCUGUGGUGGAGGUUAGCAGCUAUCAAAUGGAAAUUCCAAAUACGUACUUCUGUCCGUCAGUUGGUGUGGUUCUAAACCUUACUCCUGACCAUUUAGAGAGGCACAGGACAAUGAAGAAGUAUGCCACUGCAAAAUGCCGCUUGUUCUCUCACAUGAACAACGAGAAGCUCGCUGUUAUUCCAAUUGGAAAUGAGCAUUUGAAUGAAGCUUUCAAAGAUCAUGUGAACAAAUGUAAUCUUGCUUGGAUAGGGGACUUUCCUGGUGUGAAAAUUGACUUGGAAGCAAAGAUUGCAUAUUUGAAAAUUCCCAGUACUGGGGUUGUUACCCAGCUACAGCUUGGAGCAAUGAAAGCAAUGGGGACACACAACAAUCAUAAUGCUGCAGUUGCAGCAUUUUCUAUUCUUGGAUUAGAUGUUGGAAUUAAUCCUGAAGCCAUCAGUACAACAUUAACUGCAUUGAGUGCCCCACCUCACCGGAUGCAAAUUGUACAUAGAGAUUCUCGUGGAGUAACAUGGGUAGAUGACAGCAAAGCUACAAAUGUCGAAGCGACUUAUGCUGGACUGAUGGGUCUGAGAGAGCAGAAGUCUGUGGUUCUACUUGGUGGUCUAGCAAAGGUCCUUAACACAGAAGGAUCCAAUGGUUUUGAAAAGCUAGUUGAGCCUCUUAAGUGCCAUAGAUGUGUCAUAACUUUUGGAUCUUCAGGGACAGAGAUACAGAAGACACUUUUUGCUGGUGGUCUUAGCAUUCCUUGUUUUAGGGCUAGAAGUAUGGAGAAUGCUGUCAACCUUGCAAUGAGAAUGGCAGGAUAUGGUGAUGCUAUUGUUCUUAGUCCAGGUUGUGCGAGCUUUGACGAGUUUAGAAGUUUUGAGCACAGGGGGAAGGUAUUUCAAGAACUGGCUUUCUCAUCUCAGUAGUUCUGUCUGAGCUGAGAGCCUGAGACCACUCUCCCCUAACAAGUUUUUUGAAGAAGGUAAUUUAAGUAACUGAUUGUGCAUUACCUGAACUUUGAUAGUUGAUCGAGAGAAAGAAUUAUAGUUCUAAUCAUGUUCUGUGUAUUAAGAUUUAAGAAAUCAAGAGAUUUAGCAGUUGAAAUUGAAGAUACGAAAUCUACAUCACUAAUCUUGAAAUCAAACAGAAAUCGCAUGUUUUCCAAA